CUCUUUGGAUCUCGAUAACUUUUUUGACAAACACGUUUCGGAACCCAAKGACAAUGUCUCACGCAACCGCUGCCGCAUUUAGCAGCACGGCAUCUGGGGCGUCCCCGCUGCGAGUGAAAGGAUCCGGGGUCGAGAGCGUCAACACGGAGUACGAAUGGACCGAUGCAGCGACCAUUCCACCCGGAUUCGAAAAGGUUUGCCUGCAGAACGGCUGGGGAGUCCAAAGCACGUGGAACAUGCUGAACAACGGACAACCGUGGUUGCGAGCCACCAAUGAGGCCUACAUAUAUCUCAACAAGGCKGACGGCCAGUGGUGGAUCGACAAGCCCGACGGCAACGGAGUGUUUGUGGCGCCCAAAACGCCGGGAGACGACAAAAACCCACCUCACACUGGCUGGACGGCACUGUCGCCUUCCUACAACCCGGUGCCUUUAGUGGACGUUGUGUCCGGUGCUGAUGUGAGUAGCAAAUAGAUGUACGUUUCCGACGAUGGAACAUUCCGUUGGCAUUGGAUACCAGUUCCAAACAGCAACGCACCUUCCUCCCAGGCAUCUUCCCGAAACCCUUCAACUAGAGAAAACGCCGUGUUGCAGUGGACGGAGGCGAAUCCUCAUUUUCAGGAGAGGGUCUUGAGGAAAGUAAAUAAAACAAUCAAAUUUUAAUUUUAAAGUACAGAACUCUGGUUUCGUACCGGUAGACUUCGGUACGUUUAUUUACGGUUUGAUGUUUCAAUUCAGAUUGAUGUACGUACCUUACGGCAGGGGUCAUAAUUUAGAGGGGUGUGCAACGCGCACGUUUUUCAGCAUCAGGACGAAAAAAAAUCUAUUCCAUCCGUGGUACCAAUAAGAAAAUUUUAACCCCAAGGAUUUUUUUCGAUUUCAUUUUUACUGCAUAUCACUGCAAAAAGUGUACCUGAAAGACCCCAUGCACAGGAACACUUCUAAUCACUCUCUAAUUUUCAAACUUCACAUACACAUCUCUCAUAUAGUUGAGAGUCAAGUAGUAAGUAUAUUUUCACUGUUAUUGCUGUCUGCAGUUUAAACAUUAAGGUGCUGACACAGGGCUGGUGAUAGUAACAGGCUAGUACAGACUAGUACUGUAUUUACAGUAGAAAUAAUCUGUCCUUUGUCCAGUCAGUCCCACCAGUCUAGUCCUUAGCAAAAAUUCGAACUGUCUGUCCUUCAUCCGUUUCUCCCACUUAUUCCCCAGUAGUAAUUUCUACUAAUAAUCUAGUCAAUAUUCA